AUGUUUUUGUAUAAUUUGACCCUCCAAAGGGGUACAGCGAUUACCCAUGCUAUCCACGGCAACUUUUCUGGAUCAAAAAUACAGGAAAUCGUUAUAUCUAGAGGAAAAAUCCUCGAAAUUUUACGGCCGGAUCCAAAUACAGGGAAAGUACACACCCUGUUAACUGUAGAAAUUUUUGGAAUAAUUCGUUCUUUGAUGCCGUUCAGAUUAACGGAAGCGAAAAAGGAUUAUGUAGUUAUAGGAUCAGAUUCUGGCCGAUUAGUUAUUUUGGAAUAUAUUCCACAGAAAAAUAUAUUCGAAAAAGUACACCAAGAAACAUUUGGAAAAUCAGGAGCUCGUAGAAUUGUACCCGGUCAAUAUUUGGCCACUGACCUACGAGGUAGAGGUAUAAUGAUCGGAGCUAUCGAAAAGCAAAAGUUGGCUUACAUAUUGAACAGGGAUAGCCAGGAAAGACUUACCAUAUCAUCACCGUUGGAAGCGCACAAGAGCAACACAUUAGUCUAUCACAUGGUAGGAGUAGAUGUCGGUUAUUACAACCCCAUAUUCGCUUGUUUAGAAAUCGAUUACGAUGAAGCUGAUUCAGAUCCGACAGGCGAAGCGGCCCAAAAGACCCAGCAAACUCUCACCUUCUACGAAAUAGAUUUGGCCGUUAACCACGUCGUUAGAAAAUACUCUGAGCCCUUGGAAGAACACGCCAAUUUCUUAGUAACGGUACCUGGUGGAAAUGAUGGACCUUCGGGCGUAUUGGUCUGUUCUGAAAAUUAUUUGACGUACAAAAAUUUGGGCGAACAACACGACAUUCGUUGUCCCAUACCGCGUCGACGUAACGAUUUAGACGAUCCGGAAAGGGGCAUGAUUUUUGUAUGCUCUGCCACCCAUAAGACAAAAUCUAUGUUUUUCUUUUUGGCUCAAACGGAACAAGGAGACAUUUUUAAAAUCACUCUAGAAACUGUUAACGAUAUGGUCACCGAGAUUAAAUUGAAGUAUUUUGAUACCGUACCUGUUGCGACUGCUAUGUGCGUGCUGAAGACUGGUUUCCUCUUCGUCGCUUCGGAAUUUGGUAACCACUACCUUUACCAAAUUGCACAUUUGGGUGAUGGCGAUGAUGAGCUGGAAUUUAGUUCCGCCAUGCCAUUAGAAGAAGGUGAUACAUUCUUUUUCGCGCCGCGUCCUCUUCGAAAUCUCGUCUUAGUUGACGAGAUGGAAUCGCUGUCGCCUAUUUUGUCAUCGCGUGUAGCCGAUUUAGCCGGUGAGGAUACUCCCCAGUUAUACAUGCUGUGCGGAAGAGGGCCGAGAUCGUCCAUGAGAGUUCUGAGACACGGUUUGGAAGUGUCUGAAAUGGCCGUUUCUGAGUUGCCUGGUAAUCCCAACGCCGUAUGGACUGUGAAAAGACGAAGUGAUGAUGAGUACGACGCGUACAUCAUUGUGUCUUUUUCAAACGCCACUUUAGUGUUGUCGAUUGGUGAAACUGUUGAGGAAGUAACAGACAGUGGAUUUUUGGGUACUACUCCUACUUUAUCAUGUUCUGCCCUUAGUGAUAAUACUCUCGUACAAAUAUACCCGGACGGAAUGAGGCACAUUUUAGCUGACAAGCGUGUAAAUAAAUGGAACGCAGGCAAAAAAAGUAUUGUCAAAUGUGCCGUCAAUCAGAGACAGGUCGUUAUCGCUCUAUCUGGGGGAGAAUUAGUGUGUUUCGAAAUGGAUCCUAGUGGAGGUUUACACGAGUACAAGGAACGAAAACGAAUGAACUCUGACGUUCUAUGUAUGGCGUUAGCCAAUGUACCUGCUGGUCAACAAAGAUCAUGGUUCUUGGCUGUAGGUUUAGCUGAUGGUACUGUCAGAACCCUGUCGCUCGAUCCCAGUGAUUGUUUGGCUCCCAGAGCUAUGCAACCGUUGCCAGUUUGUGCCGAAUCUCUUUGUAUAGUGGAGAUGGGCUGUACUGAAAGAGAUCCUGAUAAUGCAGCACAAGCUAGCACUACGAGCACUUUGUAUUUAAAUGUGGGGUUACAAAACGGAACUCUGUGGCGAUCAGUUUUAGAUCCUGUUUCAGGUGAUUUAACAGACACCAGAACAAGAUAUUUAGGUUCUAGGCCAGUUAAGCUCUUCAGAAUACGAAUGCAUCAAUCUGAGGCUGUUUUGGCGAUGAGCAGUAGAUCUUGGUUGAGCUACUAUUACCAGAGUCGCUUCUAUUUAACGCCUUUAUCGUAUGAAAGCUUAGAGUACGCUUCGGGAUUUAGUUCAGAACAAUGUCCUGAAGGUAUCGUUGCUAUUUCUACGAAUACCUUAAGAAUCUUGGCAUUGGAAAAGUUGGGAGCCGUUUUCAAUCAGGUUUCAUUUCCAUUGGAAUAUACUCCAAGAAAAUUUAUAAUUCAUCCAGAAUCCAGCAACCUUAUAAUUUUAGAGACCGAACACAACGCUUAUACGAAAGAAACUAAAAAACAACGACGACUUCAAAUGGCCGAGGAAAUGUUAGAAGCGGCCGCGGACGACGAGCAAGAAUUAGCUAAAGAAAUGGCGGAAGCUUUUUUGAAUGAAGAUUUACCGGAAAGUAUUUUUUCUGCCCCAAAGGCAGGUCAUGGAAUGUGGGCGUCGACUAUAAGAAUCAUGGAUCCUGUGCAGGGUAGCACUUAUAAAAUAAUCAGAUUGGAGCAAAAUGAAGCAGCCAUGUCACUUGCCUUAGUUAAGUUUCAUGGCCAACCGGAACAUCAGUGGUUUCUGAUUAUCGGCAUUGCUAAGGAUUUUCAAAUGAUACCAAGACAAUGCAGUGUUGGAUAUUUGGAUACUUACAAAGUAGAUCUUCUUGGCAAGGAUUUGGAAUUAGUUCAUAGGACACUAGUGGACGAAGUACCUAAUGCUUUAUGUUCUUACAAUGGCAGGUUAUUAGCUGGUGUUGGAAAAAUGUUGAGACUGUAUGACAUGGGAAAGAAGAAAUUAUUAAGGAAAUGCGAGAAUAAACACAUUCCGAAUAUUAUUGUUAAUAUUCAAGCCAUGGGCAAAAGAAUAUUCGUUUCCGAUGUACAAGAAUCGGUCUUCAUGGUUCGAUACAAACGCGCUGAAAAUCAACUUAUAAUUUUCGCCGACGACACGCACCCUCGAUGGAUUACAUGCACAUCGGUUUUAGAUUAUGAUACAAUUGCUACUGCAGAUAAAUUUGGCAAUGUUGCAAUCCUGAGACUUCCUGCUAACGUUAGCGAUGACGUUGAAGAGGACCCUACAGGUCACAAGGCAUUGUGGGAUAGGGGACUCCUGAAUGGAGCUUCACAGAAAACCGAUACGAUUACUACAUUUCACAUUGGUGAAACCGUUACGUGGCUUCAAAAAGCUACACUAAUUCCCGGCGGUUCUGAAUCUCUUAUAUAUACAACAUUAUCAGGAACCGUAGGUGUUUUGGUACCGUUUACUUCUCAUGAGGAUCAUGAAUUUUUCCAGCAUUUAGAAAUGCAUAUGAGAAGCGAAAAUUCUCCACUGUGUGGAAGGGAUCAUUUGUCUUUUAGGAGUUAUUAUUUUCCAGUUAAGAAUGUAAUUGAUGGUGAUAUGUGUGAACAGUAUAAUUCAUUGGAACCAUCCAAACAGAAAUUUAUCGCUGGGGAAUUGGAUAGAACUCCAGCAGAAGUUUCUAAAAAACUUGAAGAUAUCAGAACGCAUUACGCUUUCUGA